GGGGGGGGCGGGCCUCGCGCGGCAAGAUGGCAGCCGCGGCUGAGGAGGCUGAGGCGGCGGCGCGGCCUGCGGGGCCCCGGAGCUCCAAGAGGGACCUGUAAGAGGGGCCUGUGGCUCCGGCAGCUCCGGGCCCCGGCCCGGGCUGCGAGGACGGCGGUGGCGGUUGCGGUGGAGCCCCGGGACAAUGCUGCGCUCCACCGGCUUUUUCCGGGCCAUCGACUGUCCCUACUGGGCCGGGGCCGGCGCGGGGGCGUCCUGCUGCCGGAGGCCCUACUGCCACUUCCGGCACCGCGGCUCUGAGCGCGGCCCUGCCCGGGGCGAGGCGUCCUCAGCAGCCGCUAACGGCCCCGGCCCCGGCCCCGGCGGCGGGGGUGCGGUCCGGAGUGCGGGAGAGCUUGGCUAUGACCCAUAUAACCCUGACCUUCCGAAGCCUUCAGUUGGGACUGAACAUGGCUCCCUGGGGGAUGUCCCGGAACCCAGCUCUGGCAUCUUGGAGCUGGAGUUAGUCAACCAGGCCAUUGAGGCUGUCCGGAAUGAAGUGGAACGAGAGGAAAAGAAAUACAAGGAGCUACUAGAGACCACCAAGGAGUAUGGCGCCACAGAGACCUCACUUGUUUCACAAAGCCCCACUGGAGCUGGGAUGCCCAACCCAGACUCCUUUGCCACAUCCUUAGAAUAUAAUCCAGGUAGCUACAAUCUAUUAAAUAAUAAUGCAGACUAUAACCCUACCCCCUUGGCUGCUGCUAAUAAAUGUAACAAGUAUACUUUGGAUUCUUUGGAAAAAUCCAAGGCUAAAGGUAACUCUCUGGAAUAUGUUCCAAAGUCUGUGAUCCAGCCCAAAAAAUAUGGCCGUGCUGUUCCCAAUAGCAAAUAUGUGAUUGACAAUUCUAAGCCAUCCACAGAUUUGGAAUAUGACCCCCUUUCAAAUUACUCAGCUAGGCUUUUAAAUAAGGGCAGUCCAAAGGAUCAGAAAGGGGUCAAAAGGAGAAGGGACUCAAACCAAGAUGAGUCCUAUACUCCUUCGCUCAAGAAGCAUUGUGAUGUUUUUAGCAAUUAUGAAACAGAUGCCAGAUUUUCUGACUCAGAAGAUGAAGACCCCAGCUCAGAGAACCAGCCAAGUCCUGCCAGCCCCACAAAAGCCAGAACCAAUUCAGAGAGUCAGUCCAGCAGUGGGUCCUCCCCUGCCAAGGGAAAGCCUCUGGAACCUGAGGAAAGUAGUUCAAGGGAGACGAAAGAGAUCGCUGUGCAAUAUGACAUGGGGGAUAUCCAGAAGCGGCAGAGUCCCCUUGCAAAACCCCCACCAGAGAAGAGUGGAAAAGGAAGCAAACACUCUUCAGAAGGGAAAGAGAAAGUGGCAGGAGGGGACCUAAAGUGUAAAGGCAGCCUGAAGGACCACAGAGUCCAGAAGAGAAAAUCACAUGACCAAAAGAACUCAGGCCAUCAGGAGAUGGAGAGUCAGAGAGAAAAAAGCAAAUCGUCUGAGAAGGACAAAGGGAAGAGUAAGGACAAAGCAAAAGGGAAAUUAGGGGAAAAAAAUCAUAGAGAGAAGAAACUCACUAAGGUCAAAAGUGAUGGACAUAUAAGUAAGAUGGAGAAAUCCAAGUUGGAAAAGCAAGAGGUGGCCAGGAAAGAGAAGUUAUCAUCUGCCGUGUUAGUGGCCAGCUCAGGGAAAAGGAAGAACGAUGGCCUUAGUAAGAAACCUAGCACAGGGAAGCUGGGGAACCAUAAGAAGGAGUCCAAGCUGAAGCCAGCAGAUCCUCCUAAUGGGAAAAACAUGUCCAGUAGCAAUAAGCUAAAAGACAAGAAAGGAAGCAAAACCUUCUCCUCAGGUAGGCUGAAAGACAAGAAAUCCCUUUCUUUAGAUGAAGGCAGUUCCCAGGGGUCUCCAAAGCCUAAAAAGAGGACAUUGAGCCAUAUUGACCUCUUUGGAGAUGAGAGUGGGGAUGAAGGGGAAGGGACAUCCCCAGUUCUUCCUGCAACCCUUCCAAGUCUAAGCUCAGACUCAGACUCAGAUGAUGGAAGCCUCCUGAAUGACAGCAAGGGACCAAAGUGUCUCCGGGGUGCCCAGAUUGCUACCUCUUCUUCCUCAUCUUCUGAGGCCUCCGAUGACAUCGACUAUUCUGUCCUGGAGAAGGAAUUAGAUUAUGAUUCAGACCCCAUGGAAGAAUGUCUUCGGAUUUUUAAUGAGUCUACAGAUGUGAAGACUGAAGACAAGGGGAGGCUCAACAAACAGCCAUCAAAGGAAGAGAAGAUUGAGGGAAAGUCAGAGGACAGUUUGACUACGUUGUUUCCAGGUCAGAAGAGGAGGAUUUCCCAUCUCUCCAAGCAAGGAAAUGCUGAAGUCCCAAGCAAGCCAGUCAUUCGGCCCUAUCGCCCACCCACGGCUCAGGAGACCUGCUACCGACGAACCCAGCUUGCCCAGAGACAGGCCUCAGAUAUUCUGGCAGCGAGACUGGCAGCCCAGAAGCAUUCUCUAUCUCUGCCUGAGGAGAAGAGGAGAAUUGCCCAUGUGCCUAAUCCCCGAAUGGCCACUGCACUGGCGGCAGCAGCCAAUUCAGCCCCCACAGGUGCCAAGAAAAGUAAUUCUUUGAACACCGUUCAAGUCGCAAAUGGCUCUGAGCCAAACAUCUCCUUGAAGUCUCGAACGCUGUCUGGAAUGGCUUCUAAAACGAGCACGACAUCCGUGCAGAAGAGGAUAGCACAUAUGCCCUCCCUACAGAGUGUAAGCUUAAAUAGGCCAGUCAUUCCAACUGAGUUUGGGGCCAAGGUUCCUACCAACAUCCGCCAACGUUAUCUUAAUCUUUUUAUUGAUGAGUGCCUGAAGUUUUGUCCGUCACCCCAAGAAGCUUAUGACAAGGCUUUAUCUGAGGAGAAGGUGGCCUAUGAACGGAGUUCAAGCAAGAAUAUCUACUUGAAUGUGGCUGUUAAUACCCUAAAGAAGCUAAGGAGUUUAGGACCUGGUUCUGUACAAUGUGUAAACAAGAACAGCAAUCGGAAGGUGGUGUCUCAUGAAGCUGUGCUGGGGGGGAAACUGGCCACAAAAACAAGCUUUACACUGAAUCGAUCAGGAAGCCUCAGAGCAGAAGAUUUGACAGGAGCUGCCUUGUACCGAAGAUUGAAGGACUACAUUCUAACAGAGGACCAACUGAAAGAGAACGGCUACCCUCUGCCCCACCCUGACAAACCUGGCCGAGCUGUGGUCUUCACCACUGAAGAGAAGAAAACCACAGACUCAUCCUGCCGAAUUUGCUGUCGCUGUGGCACUGAGUACCUAGUCUCACCCACCGGCAAUUGUAUCCGGAAGGAGGAGUGUUGCCAUCACUGGGGGAGGCUGCGUCGACAGAGAGUGGCUGGUGGAUGGGAAACCCAGUAUAGUUGCUGUUCAGGAGCGGUUGGUUCUGUUGGGUGUCAGGUUGCUAAGCAACAUGUGCAAGAUGGCCGCAAAGAAAACCUUGAAGGAUUCGUCAAAACCUUUGAAAAACUUCCCUCUGCAGAUGGGUAUCCAGGAAUAUAUGCCCUCGACUGUGAGAUGUGUUAUACCAAACAAGGCCUGGAGCUGACGAGAAUAACUGUAAUCAACUCUGAUCUGAAAGUUGUCUAUGACACAUUUGUGAAACCAGACAACAAAGUUGUGGAUUACAACACCAGGUUUUCCGGGGUGACAGAAGAAGACUUGCAGAAUGCGUGUAUAACCCUUCGGGAUGUCCAGGCAGUAUUGUUGAACAUGUUCAGUUCAGACACCAUCUUGAUAGGACACAGCUUAGAAAGUGACUUAUUUGCUCUCAAGCUUAUUCACACCACAGUAGUGGAUACAUCAGUGGUCUUCCCUCACCGCCUCGGGCUCCCCUAUAAGAGGGCACUGCGGACGCUGAUGGCCGACUACCUCAAGCGUAUCAUCCAGGACAAUGUGGAAGGCCAUGAUUCAAGUGAAGACGCCAGUUCUUGCAUGGAACUGAUGAUUUGGAAAAUCAAAGAAGACUCAAAAGUCAAGCGAUGACUCCUCUCUCCUCCCCUUCCUUUCCCUUCCUCCUUAACCCUCCAUCACCACCCCAGUCCCCUCACUUCCUCCAAAGCAGUGCAAUAAAUCCUCAGAGUUAACACUGUUCACCUUGCAAACAAGAGCCUCCCCUGCCCACCCCCUACCAGAGCCCCUCCCUCCUUCCCUCCCUGCCCCUGCUCCCCCCUUAGCCCCAGCCCAGCAGCAUGCUUUACCCUGGCGUGUCUGUGCAGUUUGGGGUGCUCGUGGAAAUCUAGAGACUUGUGCCAGCUCAGCACAAGGGGCUGGGCUCCCUGGCUCCUGUACCUCUUGUCUCCAUCAGAUGAGCAUUUCUGAUUCUUGCCUUUCCGGUCCCACAAGGUCAUGUUGAGCUGCACACCCAGAACUAGGUCCUAAUUCUCUGCCCCAGAGGCAGUUUGAUCAGGUCUGCAAAGUACUGUUUCUUUUUACAUGAUGUUAAGGGGAGGGUGGGUUGGGCGGGCAGGGGAGGGUAUGUACAGUUAUUGGGUUUAUUUAGGAGGGGGGAAUAGGGUUAUUAUUUUUUAUUAUUAUUUUUAUCAUUUUUAAUUUAAACCUGAAGAAUUGCACAGCAUCUGUCUGCCUGCCUGCCGCUGCAAGGAUCUGGUGCUGCGCCACCCUUGGGGCUGGUGGAUGGUUGGAAGAGAAUCUGACAGGGCCCUGUCCAGCUCCUGAGGGAAAGAGCAGGAUACCAGCAGGAUGACGUUUCCUAGAGGGCACAGGUCACAUUCCCUUGAAGCCAACAUCGAGUGAGGCAGCUCUCCAUGAUGCUACCCCCUAGUCAUUGUCCUUUGGGGAAAGAAGCCACUGGUGUCUUAAACACGUUCGUCCCCUCCUGGGACAGGCUGCACUGCUGGAAUCCCAAGGAAGGCCUAAGCCCCUGGCUGGUAUGGAACUCUGAGCAUGCCACACCCCCUCUUCCCCAGUAACCCCAAUUUCCGGUCACAUGCAUAGGGACCUCAGCCUUGUUCUGGGUUUUGUAUCUUGUCCCCUUCCCCUGGUUUGUUCCUCUUGGAGAGAAAGCGUCACCUCCCAUGGAGGGGGAUUGAACAGCAUGUCUUUUGGCGCAUUCUGGUAUUUUGGCCCCUGCGCUGGGGCCUUUUCCCCUUCUGUGUCUUCAUGGAGAUGAACCAACCGUGAUCUAGGCAUUCCCACCCUGUGCUCUGGGAGCAACCCAGGAGUCCUAGACACAGCUUCAGUUUGCUCAGCCAAUGAUAGCGGCCUGGGGUAGCAUCCUUGGCCCUUUCCCUGAACAUCAGCGUCUGGUCUGGCGCUGGCAUCAGUGACAUGAAACCAUCGAUCGGCCUGUUCUUUUCUAACUUUUUUUUCUUAUUUCCACUGAAUUUGUGGGGUUUGUUUUUACUAAGGGAAAUUUCCGGAAGGCUGCAUAGGUACUGUUCUCCACUGCCUAGUUUUCUUCCCCUUCCCUGUCAGCUGAAACAAAAUAAAUGUUUGUAUAGAUUUCAGCUUUUGUAUAGAUGUCAUUGGUGACUGAAUGAGCAGGUUAGAAUCAUGUGGAGUCAACUUUCUAAUGGCUUCCAUGGCUAGAGACCCUUUGCCAUGGGAGACAGUCCUGGAGUUCAGCACUGAGAUAAGAACCCUCUUUUGCCUUAAUGUUAAUAACCAAGUUCCUCAGCCUGGUUUAUUCAUGGGAACAGUGCAGGGAUCUUGGGGUUUUGUGCGUGGUUUUUUGUUUUUUGGUUUUUUUAAGGGAGAAAACCAAAUAGGAUCCACAUGUUCCAGGAGAUUGGCCACGGCCCAUCUCUCAGUGUGGCACCACUUGGUGGGGGCAUGGAGGACCUGACGAAGCCCUGUGGGGACUGGCUAGCCUGAGGGGCUCACUUUCCUCUUUCUCCUUAAGGCCCUGCCUGGCAAGGUCAUUGGUCCAGCGUCAUCAGUGUUGUUCUUGACAAAAGCCGCUACAUUCUGGACCAAAGCUGUCCAUGCACUUCCUUCUAGCAUGGCGCAUAUGAUUCUAGAGGCUUUUAUUUUAUUGAUCCUUUAUUCAUUUGCUUCCUCUCCCCAGGAGGAGAGGCGGGUGCAGAUAUCGUUCUGUGCCAUACGUGAAAAUGACUGUUUGCCCUCUAAGCAAAACCCUGUAAAUCUGCUCCAGUUUUCCCGUUGACUUGAAUUAUCUGGGGGGGGGUGUGUUCCCAGGUCGGCUGUUUAACGCGUGGGUGAGGGGAUGGAGUCUCUUCAUUUAGGAGAGUGGUAUCUCAAAUCGAUUUCACUUUUUUAAGUGAAAAUCAGACACCCUCCUCCUUCAGCUCCCGCCAUGCCACAUCCUCUGCCCUGAAUCUCUUUUCCCCAGUGACUGUUCUGUAUCUCUGAUACCAAUUUAAAAAAAAAAAGUAGGGGGGGAGUAGUAGCUGCCAACCUCCUGCUGUGAGCACAUGCCCUGGUGGCCUUUUGGGGGGGUGGGGCUUGCCCUAAAAAUGUCACGACUUUGAAUCUUCAGGUUAUAUCCAAUGAGAUCUGCUGCCUACUUUGAAUUACAGCCUGGUGGAAUUUUAUAUGUUGGGUUUUUGGACAACACAGGAGGUCUAUCCCUCUGUAUUUCUAAGCCUCUCCAGUGGCCAAGACCACUGUAAGGGGCCACACUGUCUGAGAAGAAUAGGGGAGGGAAUUGUUUUUUUUUUAAUGUAGCCCCCUGAAUUUUCUUGUUUCAGGGGCUUUUGAUUUCUUCUUAAGUAUGAGUGCUGCCUCCACACUUCAGUGGAUGUUAGAUGGUCUUCCUUGCUGACCGUGGCCAAAAAACCCACCAUUACCUGGUGGCCAAACUUUUAGCCUCCCUUUAAAGGAAACAAGGGGGUCGAAGCAAGAAAGAACGUCAACAAUAAAAUCCUUGUAAUCUCUGUGGAGCUACUGAGUCCCUCUUUCCACGGCUUUUAGGAACCAAAUUGAUACUUGGAGCUGUUGGACCCUCGGGGAAGUGGUGGCCCAUAGGGGCUGGCCUCCUGGAAGCAUUAAAGAACCAGCUCUUCUCUGGCUUUCUUCUUUCCCAGGAGGCUUAAGUAGACUUUUCUUGAUUCACUGUCAGCCCAGGUCUCCAGAUGGUCACUUAGGACCUCAGUGUUCUGCAGGUUACUCUCUCUGUCAGAGGCAUCCAGGGCACACAGUGAAGAACCGUAUCUCCUUGCUUUAAAGGUUGGUUUGGGUGGCAUGGGCCUGCAAAAGCCACUUGAGUCCAUUCAAGUAAGGAAAGGAAGAUGAUGAGUAGUUUGUGCCCUCCUCCCCCGCGUUCAAAUAGGCUCUAAGCUCAAUGCCUUCUGGAGGAGUGUUGAAUUGGCCAUUGGCUUAAGCCUGUGACUCCCCUGGGGGGAAGGACACCUUCUUCCCCAUAAAGCUUGGCCCCCUGGGAGAAAUCAUUAGCUGGCUCUGUGGAGGAGCAGGCCCUCAGUUAUUUCAGCUGGGAGAGCAGGGGCAACCAGCUGAGACGGUGCUGGACAGUGAGCCCCCUACCCUGCCUUCCUUCUUCAGAGGCAAAAGCAGCUGGAUCAAAGGGGAGAGGGUCAUUAGCAGAUGAUGCUUAGCUCCUGGAUUUCAGCCAGUGGCUGAUUGAGAAAUUUAGCAGGUCCUUUUCUUCUCAGAGAAGAAACCUUAGCCCCAAAGGGAUCUGCCAGUUUGGGGUCGGGGCCAUUGCUGCUAGUGGACUGCUAAUGGAGAAAGAAAAUAGUCUUUCUCUUCCUUUUUCAAGUGCCCCACUUUCUCAAGAGCCUUCCUGGCUGGAUAUUUCUCCUUUGUGAAUGGGCCCAGUACAGCUGGCCCCUUCUCCUUUGAGAAUUCUUUGAAGCAUUUACCUUUCAAAGUUUUUCCAGGCUUUUCUCCUCCCCUCCAAACACACCCCCACACACUUGUGCCCUCCCCAUCUUUAAUCUCCCUGGGCCUCAGUUUCCCAAUUUGUGAAACGAGGGAUUUGAACUAGAUGCUCUCCUAGCUCUCCUUUCUAGCUCUAAAUCUUAUCCUUCCUCUCUCCCAGUUGGAUAUUAAAUUGGGAUAGAUUGGAGGCCUCGGUGUGCCAGGAUGCCCAGAGACCACUGGAGUCGGAAUGGGUAGUCACCAAGGAGGGGCCCUCCCAAGCACAGCUUUGGUGCCCUAGCCUCUGUGAUGCAUCAGGCACCCACAGGAGAGAGUCCUGAAGCGCUGGUAGCGUUGGGGACUGUACAUAGAGAUAUUGUAACUGUUCAUUUCUUUUUUGUAACUAUUAUUAUUUUUUAAUAAAAGG